UGCAGUCUCACUCUCCUCCUGCUGCUGCUGCUCCUGUUCCUCUGCCUUUUUUUCCUGCCGUCCGUCUCUCUUGCUCCUUCUGCAUCAUAUCCACCCUCCCUCCACGCCCCUUCUCCUUACAUUCAAGUUGUUUACUCCAUCUCCUUCUUGCUCCCUCUGUCUCCUCCACUGCUUCCUCUCAUCCUCUGUUGUCACUGCUGCUGCUCUGCCUGCCUCACCCUACAUCCCUCCUUUCCAACUAAAGCUCCCUCCCUCCUCCUCCUGCUUUUGGAGAUCUUCAGAGCUGCCUAGCGCACGCUUGCACAUAGCAUAACACACUUUCUCUGCUGUGUGGCUAAAACAUGUCAACUGUUCUGGACCUGGAGCAGAUUUCAUGCACUGGGAAUGAAGUGGAGCAUGACAUCGAGACUCUACAUGGUGUCCUCCAUGUGACGAUGAGAGGCGUUCCCAAGGGCAACAGACCCGUCAUCCUCACCUAUCACGACAUCGGCCUCAACCACAAGUCCUGCUUCAACACCCUGUUCAACUAUGAGGACAUGCAGGAGAUCACCCAGCACUUUGCUGUGGUUCACGUGGACGCUCCCGGUCAGCAGGAGGGGGCUCCUCCAUUCCCCACAGGGUACCGUUACCCAACCAUGGACGAGCUGGCCGAAAUGCUGCCCUCUGUGAUGACUCAGCUGAAGGUGACCAGCGUAAUCGGCAUUGGUGUGGGAGCCGGAGCCUACAUCCUUACCCGCUUUGCUCUGAAAAACCCCAGCCUUGUGGAGGGACUGGUAUUGAUCAACGUCGACCCGUGCGCUGAAGGCUGGAUUGACUGGGCUGCAUCAAAGCUGUCUGGGUGGACCAGUAACUUGGUGGACAUCGUCAUGGCCCACCACUUCAGCACCGAUGAGCUGACAGAGAACCAGGAGCUGAUCCAGACCUACCGCCUCCACAUCGCCCAAGACAUCAACCAGAACAACCUGGCACAGUUUUGCAGCUCAUACCAAUACCGUCGAGACCUUGACAUCGAGAGGCCCAUCGUUGGUCAAAAUGAGGACAUUGUUAACACACUCACAUGCCAUGCCCUGCUGGUGGUCGGUGACACUUCACCUGCCGUUGAGGCUGUGGUGGAGUGCAACUCCAGAUUAAACCCCACCAAGACUACUUUGCUAAAGAUGGCGGAUUGUGGAGGUUUGCCUCAAGUCGUGCAGCCUGGGAAGCUUGCUGAGGCAUUCAAGUACUUUGUUCAGGGCAUGGGAUAUAUUCCCUACGUUCUUCUCAGUCACCUGAGCAACGAAUCAGUGCCAGCAGCAGGAAUGACUCGCCUGUCUCGUUCACGCACCACCUCCUCCUCCAGCAUCACCUCCAUGGAGAGCAGCCGCAGCCGCAGCAACAUCAGCAGCCUUCUGGAGGGCGGCGGCAGCCAGACCGGGCCCCAAACCAUGGAGGUCUCAUGCUAAACCCCCCCCCCCCCCCCCAAUUCUGCCUCUCAUCGUAGUAAUUUAUGUCCCCUGUCCACCUUUCUUCUCUCUCAUCCAUCUUCUAAGCAACUCAAAGCCAAGGGGGCAUGUUGUUGGAAAGGAUGGUCUAAGAAAUGUAUUAACAGAUGAUAUAAUAAAGUAUAUUGUAUACUGUUAAAGUUGCAUUACUAACAGAAACUAUAACUACAUGCAGACAUAUUGUAUAUUUAAAUGUUUAGAUUGACUCAUCUGUCUAAUUUUGUAUUUAUUUAUAUUUUCACGUAGUUUUCACCCUCUUCACACCGUUCAGAUAUCCUCUUUGUGUUCAGAAGUUGUUGUUUUUUUACUUCUACAUGUGGCUCUGCUUAUGGUGAGUCAUUUAUUGUUUUGAUUAUCAAACACACAGCAGUGCGAUUAGAGGGCACCAAAAGUUCCUGCAGGCGGCAGGUGAUGUGAGACAAACGCAACAACGUAGCGUUAGCAUAGCACAGUGAAGCCAAGUGAGACCCUUCUUCGCUGCGUGUCGCCCCCCGAUACUCUAAGGCAGCGGUUCUCAGACGUUUUGUGUCGGGCUCCCAUUUGGAGGAAAACAAAUGUUCAAUAUUUUGUCUCUAAAUUGAAUUAUUUUCUAUUUUUUCCAAAGAACAAAUAAGAACUGCACUUUGCUAAAAUAACUAAUUCAUGAAAAUAUAUGGACACACAAAAUGUGCAAUUAUCUUUUUAAAACCAUAAUAUUUGAUUUGUGCACAGAAACCCUAACAAAUAUAAAUACUGCUCAUAUUAUCUCAGUAAUAAAAGCUGAUAUGAAUCUAUUUAUAAGGCAAAUGUUCUUUUCAAAAGAACAAUACAGUUCAGUUUGUUCCCAAAUCAAAUGUCUGAGCAGGAAUUGGGCAGACAUGUCUGUAUCAGAGAGGGCUGAUGUCAUUUACCAGUUUCUGAAAGGGAUUUUUCUGCUUCCUUGUAAUCUCCAUCUUUGUCCAAAACUCAGAAGCACUUAUAUGACAAGUGUAAUGUUCCACUGAGUGAUAGCAUGACGUUUAAUAAAAUAUAAUCUGUUGGAGUUUUCAGACUCCCCAACACUUCAUUUUAAUUCUUACCAUUUACUGUAAUUCCUGCAGCAAUGCAUCCUUCUCAUCUCCCUCUUUUUGCUUUAAAGCAGCAACAAGCAGUGCCCAACGUUUUCCCACCUCCACCACUUUCACUUGAACCGCUCCACCCUGACUGCGAACCGUUCCUCCAAAAAGAUAAAACUUUGAGAACCACCAGCCCACCGUGCUUCUUUUUCAAAUUUGAACUCGCCGAGUUUCUUUCCUCCUGCGCUGUGUUGGUGUUUGUUCAGCUGAAUCGAUUAUUCAGUGACGUUUUGAAUCUGAUGUGAAAUGUUUAACAGUGCUGCUCUCACUGUGGGGCCAAGCUUCUCACUGUCUGCUGAUUCAGCUCAUUUAUAUUACUACUGAAUAAAGCUCCAAG